AAUAAAUCAUCAUCAAAUUUAAAUUCUAUUAAAACAGCCAAAUAUGAACAUCGAUUUUUAACAAAAUCAUUGCGAAACAACAGAAACUUCAUCACCACUUUGAACUUAAUUAAUCACCAUAAUCGACCAUGAAACCGACAAGAACGCUAUACAAACACAUCAUCCGCCCACUCUAAAUUAACUCCUUCAUCCCAGCCAACAAAUCUCAACCGUACACCUCAUCGAUUCAACGAUCUUAUUAAAAAACCAAACAUAACGUGAAUUACUUUUCGAUUUAACGACGCGAUAAUGGAACCGUCUGGGUGGACACGAUCGAAGACACGAUCUCUAAUCUCAAAACCGAAUUUUGUCUGAAAUCUUUCUAGACUACGACACGAGGACGCGUAAGAGUAAGUAUGUAACAAUUAGGGCUUUUAGCGCUGCACGCUGGAUUUGCUUAACGUUUCUCGUGAUACAGUUACCGGUAACAGUAUGUUUAAACUGGACCCACGAAUCCUUCAGUCUCUCCUUAGAUUUUAUCACAGACGGUUCACUCGACUAAUAUUCGGUGUUCACCGUUGACAACUUUGAAAACGUGGACGAAAAAGCUUCGAAAAAGAGACGCGUUUCGUGUGGCACGAGAUCGAUGAACCCACGGCCAUCGAGGAAUGAACGUUCGUAUCUACGUAUCGGUCGGUGGUGAAUCGUUUUCGUUUCCAUGAAUCGGUGAGGGCAAAUAGAAGACCAGUGCGCGUAUGGACACGUGUUCACGAAUGAGAGGAACAAGACGUGGUAGUUUUCGAGCGAUCGAGGUUCCUUGGAAACGAGUGAAGAGCAAUUGAAAUUAUGGAUAGAGUACAAACAAAUUUAGUGUGUCACUAUUUUCUGCUACUUGUUUUCGUUUCUCAUGUGAAAACAAAUGAACCUUUCGACGAGAUUGAUAUACUUCCGGAAUCCGAUAAAUAUGACGACACAUCUGCAAUUGGCACUGCUGUUCAAACAUACAGAAAUCCGAGAAUGUAUCGACGCGGUUACCAGGAGGAUCAUGGAUCAAUGUAUCAGGAUAACCAUAAUAACCAUGACGAUGAUCAUCAUGCAAUGAAAGAGGAAGAAUCCGAUAUGAAAUCUAUGAGAGCGAAAGUCGAUUAUUGGAGUGGUUAUUAUGACUUUUUGAUAAACGAAGGAAGUUACAAAUUUUGGGCUGUAUUUCAACUUGCCACCGCAGCUCUCCUCAUCUACAGUGGUUUCGCGGCGCUUUAUUACGCCAAGGUUAAUCCUCCAACAAUAGACGAUGAAUUCGACGAUAUUUUACGUCGACGACGAAGACGAAGAGCAUUGUCCAUCUUUCCACGAGAUAAAUCAUUUUGCGGUUUGGACAGUGCUACAUAUCAAAGGAUAAUCGACGCGAUUGCUAGAAAAAUUCAUUGACGAUGAAGAGUUUAUCAAUGAACUUUAUCUCGAUAAAAAUUUAUAUAACGAUAAUAUUACUUACGAUAAUUUUGACAAAUUC